AUUCUUGUCACAGUUGCUGAAAUAUGUCAUAAUAGGUUGCCAAGGAAGUUGUUAUACAUCAUGGAUUCAAGUAUUCUCCCAGUCAUCCUCAAUCACAUAAAACAUGUUUUGAUAUUUUCUAAGAAAGUAGCUUCAUGGGACUCCCCUAUUCCCUUUUCUGGGAGAUGGACCCUCCCAAAAAGCCUUUGAAUUUAAUUUCAAAUCCGGAGUAUGAAUGCCGAAAGGAUGACUCUUGUGGGGCAAUAGGGAACUUUCUGCUUUGGUACUUUGCCAUUAUGUUGUUCCUGAUGAUCCUCUAUAGGGCUUCUCUCUGGAUGUCUGAGAAAAAGGAUAUAUCAUUAUCAACUGACAGUGGGACAGGUGGCUCAGGAUGUAAAGAUGCCUACUGUAAGCGACAUAACAAAAGCGCCAUCUGGGACUCUUUUAGAAAGAUCUUUAAGAAGAAACCCAAACACAUGCAACUUUCCCCUGUAACUGACUCAGAAGUGGCCCUUGUGAAUGCCUACCUAGAAAGGAGAAGAGCCAGGCUUCACUCUCAGCUGAACCAGAUGAAUCAAGGCCUCCAUGACAGUGACACCACGGACAGGGACAGCAUGGACUCCAACUCAGGAGCCUCCUCCUGGAAGGAGAGUGAGACGGAACAUCACCCAACACCAGCCAGCCUUCGGAGAAGAAAGAUAGCUCAAAGGCAGAGGAACCUUGGCAGCUAUCAAAUCAGGGAAAGGCCUUGCCUCCACUGCAAAGCCAUGAGAACCAGUGAAUGGCUGACUCGCCACUUCCUUCAUCCUCCUACAGCACCUCCUCCAGUAGAUGGAGAUAUUCCAGAGGAGAAUUCUCUGAUAGAAAUUAACACAAAAUUCAGUCGAAUUUGAGCUUUAUCCAGUUCUUAGUUACUUGAUGCAAAAUGAAUAAGAGAUUAAAACAAGUAUGAAAUAUCAACCAGAAGGUCAAGGUAGUGAGGCUUUACAAUAAAGUCUCUCUACUAAUGACAA